AUGACAGUAUACAAUAAAGAAAAAGAUUACUAAUUUACAACAGAGUUUGAUUAACCAAUGUUUUCCUUCAAAACUUUUGGAUUAAUAGGAUAACCAUAUACUUUUAAUUUUAGUGCAUCAGGUUGUGCAAGAUCUGCUUCAAUCAGUAAAAUAUUUCUUGAUAUAUAUUAAAAUACUUAUCCAUAAUUCUUUUUUAUGUUAGGUGAUUUACAUUAUAGAGAUAUAAAUACUGAUUCUAUUGAUGAAUUUGAUUAAGCUUAUAGACAAGUUUUUGGUUCAUCUACUUAAAGAUAUUUGUAUAACAAUUAAAUAAUUAUGUAGAUAUUAAUAAGUACCUAUGGAAUAUCAAUUUGAUGAUCAUGAUUUUGGUAAAAAUGAUGCUGAUGGAACAAGUCCUACUAGAAAUGUAGCUAAUUUAUUAUAUUGGAAAUAUGUUCCUCAUGGUAAUUUACAUAAUUAUCUACCUCUAUAUAAAGAUGAAGAAUUGACAUAAUAUCCAUAAGAAGUUAAGCAUAUAGAAUUAAUAAAUGAAGAAAAUAUUGGAUCUUAUAGAUAUUAAAUUAUUGGAAGAACCAUAAUAAUUACUGUUGAUUUAAGAACAUUUUAAAAUUUAGAAGUUUUAGGAAAUUAAUUUGGUAAUUUCUCAAAUGAAAGAUCAAUAUUAGGAAAAUAAUAAAGAUAAUGGUUAUUAGCAAUUUUAGAUAGAGUUAUAAUAACAGAUUGGAUUUAAGCAGUAAUUUUUAUAUCUUCUGUUAAUUUUCAUGGAGAAAUUUGGGAUCUAUUUCCUAAUGAAUAAUUAUUAAUAGCUGAUAAAUUAUAAUAUAUUCAAGAGGUUUUAGAAAAAUAAGUAUUAAUUGUUAGUAGUGAUUCACAUAUGACUGCUAUGAAAAAUGGAUAAAAUUCUUUUAUUCAAAGUUUAGGUUUAAAAUACAAAUAUGGAUUAUAAGAAACAAUGUGUGGAUCAUUAGAUAAAUCAGGUUCUUGUAAAACUUAACCAUUAACAUUUGGACCAUGGUUAGGUAAGAAUCAUUACACUAAUAUUGAAAUUUAAGAUACAUAAUUAAGAACUUGCAUUAUUGUUAGAGCAUUUGAAAAAACAAGUUAACUCUUCUUUUAUAAUACAUGUGAUGAUAGAUUAAAAGGUCUUGAAGGUAAAGUUAAAUGUCCAUUUGAUGUUUUAAUGAGAGUUGUUUAUGUAAUUGCAUCCUUAUUAGUUUCUUUUGGCUUUUUAAUAAUUAUUUAUAUAAUUGUCAAAAAAUGUCAUAAGAAUAGCAUGAAAUAUAGCUUAGUGAUGAGAGAAAAAUGA